UGAGAAGCUCACCCGCCGCUAGUUGUGUGAAUUAGCCAGCCACGCAUGUGGAGGCAGGCGCGUUCGCAAAUCCCCAUGCAAGACAUCAAUCACGUUCGCGGUGCAUCCGCGAAAUCGCGGCACGCCGGCGUGCAACGAUGAACGAUCAGACUGUAUCCGCUUGCACCAUCGUUCCUUUCACAUCAAGCCCAUUCCUCGCCCGGUCUAGUCGAUCCGUCAACACGAUGGUGGAUGCGGCUUCCACAACCAAGCUUGCUGCCGAGCAGCAGCAGCAGCAGCAGCAGCAGCAGACAUCCCUAAGUAGAGCUUCAACGAGCCAAACGAUGUUGAGGUUGAUGAGGGACAACGAAGCAGCGUUGAAAGCCUUGCUGGUGCACAGCGGCAAAGUGUUGCGAAUCAGAUCGGACACGUCGAUGAGCUUGCAGAACAGCACACAGGUGCAAUCAUCAGCUCCGCUCGAAGCGAUGAUCGUCGAUUCCCAAAAUGCAAUGUUUGGAGAGGAGCAAGCGGAAGCAAAGACUGCCGCCUCCCGCUCCACGCAUACGGUGAUGGAGGAGCUCUUGAAGAGCGUCAAGGAGGAUGUCGCUUCGACGCCUGGAAUGGUAGAGGUGCUACACAAUGCAGAAUCGCUGAGCAGAGGCUGCAAUGCUCUUGCUGCGUGGCUGUCGUAUGCCCAGACCUUGCUGCUCUCCGAGCUAGCUCGAGCGCAGGUAAGAGAAGCGCAAGAGGCGCUCGAACAGGCAAGAGCGGCUGAAGCAGCUCGACUGGAGCAAGUUGCAGCGGCUGAGCAAGCCGCAAAAGAAGUAGCAGAAGAGAGGGAGCGAACAGAAAAAGAGGCAGCGGACAAGAUGGCGAAAGAUGCGAGUACAGCAGCUGCUGCAGGAGACACCGUGGCUAUCGAGUCACGCAAAGGAGAUUCUGCCACUGAAACGCACAACGACGAUGAGGACGACGACGAUGAUGUUCCCCUAGCAGCAGCGAGUAAAGCCCCUGUGACAGGAGCUACAAGAGCACCGACGAUCGACAUGAACGCCGAGCAGCCCAUCGAUCUCACUAUGAGCCCGUCAGGGUCGCCAGAGAUCUCGAAAGCGGAAGCCAGCUCCACCGCCAAUGUACCACCGAUAUCAUCAGCAGUAGCGUCGAGCGGCACGGAUCCUGCUUCCCUCCUGGCGUCUCUGACAGGCAUAGCUGCAAAUCCAGCUUUCGCUUCGUUGUCGGAGACGGCCAACUCGUCAGGUUCAAGCACAUCGCUGCCUCUGCCCACUUCAGACGCGAACGAAGCAAGCUCAGACUUUAAUCUGUGGGACAUGGACCUUUCCAGCUUGGAUAUGACUCAAUUGUCAAGACUGGCAGCAGGGCCCACCGCAAAGGAAUUGACCGGUGCAAACGAAUCGGGAUUGGACCUGUCCAAGCUCGACGCUCCCACCGAUCCGGCCAACAAGGACAAUCUGCCACCGGACACGACCGCUGCAGGUGGAGACGCGAGCGUAAGCAACGCCAUCUCUACAGACUUCUCCUUUUUGGGCAAUAUAGCUCCCGACUCGGCUGGAUCCAUGGGCGCUUUCGAGAAUGGUAGUCUUGACAUGGGUGAUGGUACGGGGAUGGGCAUGGACCUCAGCAACCUUGACUUUGACUUUGGAGAGUUUCAAAAGCAGUUUGAUAGCACCAAUGAAGGCGGUGCGGAGGAUGGAGGCUAGCUGGUGGCCACAGCAGCAGGGCAAUGGACAGGUCCCGUCAUUCUCGUGCAUCAACCUGCUUACGGUACUGGAAGGACCGUUCCCAGACGCGCGAAUCACAUCAUUUUACUCAAAGUCGAGGAGGGCAGGCAAAGUGGGGUGGCGUUGCUUGCGACAGCAAGCAACGCGCCUCAAUCCUUGUUCGUGUGCCUGAAAGCCAAAUCAAACUCGCUCUUUACCAGGCCAAUCUCGGGGCAGAACAAGACGCAGCCGAACAGACCACCCACCGUCAGCCCAGCGCCCAGCUUUGUCGCCUUGGGGUGACGGUCAUAGA